GGAGAGGGAGGGGCUUGAGUCGCCCUACCUCGCGCAGUCUCGGCGUCGCUGUGGUCUUGUGCCUCUGUAAAGCUUAAUCUUUGACAAGGACUGAAGUGAGCCCGCCGUCCUGGACACCUACAGAGACUCUGUUGUCUGCAGAAUAGAGUGCAGGCUCCCCCAAAGGAAUCUGGGUUUCUCCGUUUCGCCUUCUACUUUAAUUUGCAGAAGCCUGUCUCCUCUGGCAUACGCUCCGGAACACAGGAAUUUUGUCACAUUUUGCUUUAUGUCAUUUUCAUGCCAGAACUUUUCUUUUUAGGAACUAAGUUAAAUGAAAAUGGCAGCACUGAUUGGCAUACACCACGACGACUCUUGGACAUGGCCAGGCCCUGCAUAAUUUGUGCCCAUCAUCAUUUUACUAAAUUGGAUGUAUUUCACCAUGUUCCAAAUCACCCAUGAAUUCUGCACAUACUUGAUGGGCAUCCACUGCAUCCAAGGUUCUCUGGCGGGAACAUGCCAGUGAGAAAGGCUGAAGGUUUUGGUUCUCAUGGCACCCACAUUCCGCUGGAAGGAGAUCAGUAGUCAGAAAGGAAACAAAUACAUUUAGGCAAUGUGCCACAAAGAAAACAAAGCAGUGUUCAGAUAAGGGAGAGCUCUUCAGAAACUACCCUCUGCGUCGAGCACUUGAGCAGACCUGAGUAUUGAGAAAGAUGCAGCCUGGCAGGGAUCUGGCUCGUUGGCGGUUCACACAGAGGUGAAGCAACAGGUGAAGUCUAAGGACAGUGAAGCAACAGGUGAACUCUUAAGGACCGUGACGCCCUUAAGCAAAAAGGGCACGUAGGCCUCAGGGCACAGAUGAGCUUGGCAUCAAGGGAAGGGAGAAGUUCAGGGGGUGGAGCAUAGAGUCGAGUUGAAACAAAAGAGUGAGAGGAAGUCAGAGAAGGAGAUUGCCACCAGGUCAUGGUGGUGACAGUAAGAAAUCUAGGCUAAAGUGUCAGUGACUGACACCCUUCUGUGUCUGAUAACAAAGUCAUGUGAUCAUGUUAAGCGACAGAAUGGGCCGCAGCAAGUUUUAUGGCUGGCUAGUCCCAAAUCCGAAUGGGAGCGUCCUGCACUCAGAAAAUAGUAGAAACACAAGGUCGCAUAUUAAAAGGAUGCCGUGGCAUUCAAUCAUGAUGGAUUUUCUUAUAAGCACAACAAAUGGCAACUGCUUAGUCAGACCUUGGGACUCCAGCCAUCUUUCACAUCAUUUUGCUCAGUUUUCCUAAUUUUCUCACCCUCAAGCCGUGGACACAGUCACUUGCUGAAUCUUGUCUUCAGCUGUCACACCAACUGAUUUCUGAAUGAUCUGAUUAGCUUUACUGGUGAUCAAAGCUUCUUAGAGUUUAUCAAGAAGAAUCUGACAAGCUUUAUGUAAUCCUGUACUUCUGAGAGACCUUAUCAUGGUCCUGAUAUCUUUGACUGCCACAUAUGGAUUCCCACAAAUCUCUAAAGGAAACGGUCCUCAUUACAGGAGGAGGUGGCUAUUUUGGUUUCCGGCUUGGCUGUGCUCUGAACCAGAAAGGAGUCCAUGUGAUUCUGUUUGACAUCAGCCGCCCUGCUCAGACCAUUCCAGAAGGCAUCCGGUUUAUACUAGGAGACAUCCGCCGUCUCUCUGACAUAGAGAACGCCUUCCAGGGUGUCAACGUGGCUUGUGUGUUCCAUAUCGCGUCUUAUGGUAUGUCAGGGCGCGAGCAACUGAAUCGAAGCCUGAUUGAAGAAGUCAACGUGGGGGGCACAGACAACAUCCUCCAGGCAUGCAGGAGGAGAGGGGUGCCAAGGUUAGUGUACACAAGCACUUUCAACGUCAUCUUCGGAGGACAGGUCAUCAGAAAUGGAGACGAAUCCCUGCCUUACCUGCCCCUUCACCUCCAUCCUGAUCACUACUCUCGGACCAAAUCUAUCGCCGAGAAGAAGGUGCUGUCAGCCAAUGGUGUGGCCCUGGAGAGGGGCGGUGGGGUCUUGAGCACCUGUGCCCUGAGGCCGGCUGGCAUCUAUGGGCCUGGAGAACAGAGGCACCUCCCCAGGAUAGUGAGCUACAUAGAGAAGGGCCUGUUCAGGUUUGUGUAUGGAGACCCCAAGAGUCUGGUGGAAUUUGUCCACGUGGACAACUUGGUGCAGGCUCACAUCCUGGCCUCAGAGGCCCUCAAAGCCGACAAGGGCCACAUUGCCGCCGGGCAGCCCUACUUCAUCUCAGAUGGCAGGCCCGUGAACAACUUUGAGUUCCUCCGGCCUCUGGUUGAGGGCCUGGGCUACAAGUUCCCGUCCAUCCGCCUCCCUCUGACCCUCAUCUAUUGCUUCGCUUUCCUGACAGAGAUGACCCACUUCAUCUUGGGGCGACUCUACAACUUCCAGCCCUUCCUCACCCGCACCGAAGUUUACAAAACCGGCGUCACACAUUACUUUAGCCUGGAGAAAGCCAGGAAGGAGCUGGGGUAUGAGGCUCAGCCGUUUGACCUCCAGGAGGCAGUCGAGUGGUUUAAAGCCCACGGUCACGGCAGACGUCCUGGGAGUCGUGACUCCAAGUGUCUUGUUUGGGAUGGGCUGGUGAUCUUACUCCUGGUUACAGUGGUUCUCAUGUGGCUGCUGCCUUCCGUGAUCCUGUCGGUGUGAAGGAGGAGCUGUACUGAGGUGUUACAGUACACCACUGAGGUGGUUAUAUAUACUGAGGUGGUUUGCAGGAAACACACAUUUUAUAAAUAGAGAAUAGAUACCUGAUGUCAACAUUUGGAUCUUCAAGUCACUACUUAAGAAUAGAUUCUUGGGGGACUUCGCCCUGGCGGUCCAGUGGUUAAGACUCUGAGUUUUCAGUGCAGGAGGUAUGGAUUCAAUCUCUGGUUGGAGAAUUAAGAUCCCAUGUGCUACACAGCACAGCCAAAAAAAAAAAAAAAUUGAUUCUUGGAUUAAGUCUUCAUUUCCUACCUCCUGGCACAAAUCCUGAAGGGAGAAAACAGAAACCAGGAUAAGUUUGGGAUUCGGAUCCUUGGGUCCUCCUCCUUCAGACAUGGACAGUAGACGUCAUUCCGAAACCCACAGAGCUAAACUCCCUCAGAUGGGAAAUGUCUUACUUGAAUUUCUCAGAAGCCAAAAAUGUACUUAUCUUCAUUCCAUACGUUCUGCAUUGACUUCACAGAGGUUGAAGCACGAUAUGGGAAUGGCAAAAUGCUAACAGGCUUGCACUUGUGUGAAAAACACCAAGUUGAGCUACUUCCCAACAGCCCAAGCCUCUGAGGAGAUGGUCACUUUUGCAGGGGAGGUGGUUGCUAGUCACAUGUAUGUUCUAGGAAUGAGUUUUUGCCCUUCAUGACAUAAAGGUGUUAUACCUGUGUGACCACAUGGUAAUGUUUGAUAUUGAAAUGAACAGACCUUUAUCUUACCUCCCAGGAUUCUUUGGAGGGUUAAAUUGGACCAGGUAUAUAAAGUGCCACUCACCACACUUACAAGCCAUUAUUUUUGUUAAUAUUGUUAUUACACAUUCCUUAUGAGGGUUUUCUUCCUCAGGGUAUUCUGUUUAGAGGGUACUGUUGCUACUGAUCUUUCUGGAAUACCUUUGUGACAUGCCCUCAGAGUCUAUAACAAGUGUGCUUAAAUAUAUUCAAUGUUGAUAAAGUUGUGGUCUCCAAGGAGAGAUUGAAAUCUGGGAAACAGCUAAAAAUCUGAUAAUUGAUGAGAAUAUUCAAGUUAAUGAUACCAUUUGCAAUUAAAAAAUAAAGCAUAACUCUCAGCUAA